CGUCAUUAAUGUGCGUCGUGUGUUUACUGUUAGAAAUUUGUCCUAAAAUCCUAUUUUUUUUAUAGUCUAAGACAAACGUGCUAUUUUAUUCUCCAAAGCGAGCUUUCGAUAGGCUAACCCGGGGUAAAUUAAAUUAUGUUUACAGGGCAAAUUACUUAUUUGUAUACCUUUUUCUGAAUAGCAUUUCGUUUAAAUUGAUGGAUCGAGGAUAGGAAGUUCUCAAAGGUGAAAGUUACUUGUCAUUAUUAUUAUUAUUAACUAGUCAUUAUAAAAUCUGGUUUAUUCAGGCAAGUAAAAGAAUAAUUUAAAUGUGAACAAAAACGAGCAUGGAUGAAGAAAACCUGGAGUCAAUUGGUGAACAACUGUACAAUCUUAUUUACCCCAAACACAAGGAAUGUGCUGGAAAACUCACAGGCAUGUUACUGGAGCUGCCACUUCCUGUGCUGAGCCAGAUGCUGCAGGAUGAGACCAUGCUGACAGCAGCUGUGGAUAAAGCUGUCAGAGCUCUGCAGCUGGAAAACAAAUCCAGUGAGGUGACACUUAAAGAUGAAGAUGAUGCUUCUGUGUCUUCUGACUCCAUGGGGGAGCAGCUGUUUCAGCUGGUGGAUGUUUACAACACUGGUCACUCACAGAAAAUUACAGGAAUGCUUUUGGAGCAGCACAAAGAUGCAGUUUUACACCUUCUAUCAGACCCUAAAUGUCUGGAGAAGCAUGUGAAUCUCGCCCUGAAGACAAUAAAAGAGCAAAAUGUGGACGAGACGGACAUCAGUGACUCUUCAGAAAUUGACGACAUAGACAAACUGGGGGAAAAAAUAUUCUCACUGGUGGUGGAGAUGGAUCCACUUCAUGCAAACAACAUUACCGGAAUGCUUCUGGAGAUGGACUUGGCAGCGCUCCAACAGCUGCUCAGUGACCACACGAUGCUGGAAGCCGCUGUUCAAAAAGCACAAACAGUGCUGAACACCCAGAGCUGAACCUUCUCGAACAGAAGAUGAAAAAACACCCAACAUCAUAAUAUUUAUCAGUGACUAAUAAACUCCGAUAACGUAUAGAUGGUAGGACUCGUUUCGAGUAGACUCUGAAGUGGACCGAGGACGAACAGAAGUUAUUUCAGUUCUGAAAGACUCAAAGCUGAAAAUAGAAAACAAAAAAUGGUACUUUAAUUUCUGAGCUGAACUGAACACAUUUCAGUGGUUAAUGAAAAAUGAUGAAUCAUCAAUUCUUUAACAAAGAGAUCACACACAAUACUUGAUUAAACCGUUUACUGUAAUUUAUAAGAGGGGUUUUAUUUAAGGAUCUUAAAGAAAGGGAAUUAAAUGUUGUCAACCAUAAUACUUUAGUUUUAUGUAUAGCCAAUUUUAGAAAAGACAGCAAAUUAUGCAUAAAUGCAUAAUGAUGUUCAAUAUUUUGUACUAACGUCAGCAAAUAAAACAACUGAAAAGAUUAUAUAUAUAUCAUUUUGUGAGUUUUUGCUGCUAAUUUCCCAGAGUUUCACACAGUACUGGCACUUUCCAAAACUGCUGCUCAUCUUACAGCAUGACAAAAAUUGCAAACACUAUAAAAGAUGUUUUACUUAUAGAUAUAUAGUUUUACUAUAACAACAAAAAGCUGGUUUUAACAAGCUGGGCAAAUCCGUUUGUACUGAACAAUGCAUGCAAAGUAUAUUAAAACAUAUGGUGUUGAGGUUGAUUUUGCACACCCUGUACAAAUGUGAUAAAAUUCUUGUCUAUUAG